AUGGACGUUCAACAACAGCUGGGUGUUUUAAACAUCCACGAUUAUGACGAUAUAACAGACGAGUUUUUCUCCAUAGCGUCGAAAAUAGAGUAUGGUGAUAUCGCCAAGUCCAAACACUUCAAGCUGCUUGAAGGAACGCACGCUUUGGAGGUGAUGAAUCCCAAGCUCGACACCGCAUUGUUGACACCCGAACAAAUCGACCCUGCCGUUCCGACGCUGGACCACGCCGCCUGGGUCAUGGCCCGGCUACUGGGGUGUGUUUGUGCGUGGCUCGACAACAACUCGCUGAGCGUCAGCGUACUAAGUUGUCAUUACGUUGAGCAAUUGAUAUUAGGGAACCCUGUUGAGGGGACCAUCGAGAACAAGGUCCUGGUGCCGUUUGUGAAGGCCGUGGUGCAGUUUGUCAACCAGGUGUUGUCUCUGGGAGUCGCAGGGGUCAUCUACGAGGAGGAAGACCUUAAUACCCAGACCAUGGAUCUGGACUUUGCCGUGUUUGAGUCCGAGGACGUUUCGCAGACGGUCAAUGGGGCCGUUCAAUGGCUCGAAACGCAGCCAAAGUCCGAAUCGGCCUCGUUGUGUAUUGCCUUGCUGUCAGUUCUGGACCAGUCGCUCAAAAUCAACAGCCUUGUCCAGAUCAACACGGAACUGUACCAGGGAACACCCAAGACCGCCGAUUUCAGCUAUAUCGACAAAGCUGUUUCGUUAUUGGACACUUUGGCGUCUCCGGAGACCGCCAAGCUCGUGGACUCGCUGCCAAAGACUGCGUGUUUCUCCACGAACGUGCAACGAACGCUGAACAACCGGUCGCCGCCAAAACCGUUGGCAUAUGCGUCGUUCGACCAGUCGGUUGCCAGUUUCGCCAAGAUGUUUGUGGACCUCAGGUUCAUGACCAAGGUGUUUCUGGUGCGCGACAGCAUCGAACUGCUCGACUAUUUGAACGUGUUCAUGUGUCGGCGACAGUUCACCGCGGACCCAGACGAGAUCCUCGGCAACCAUAUCGUGGUCCGCACUCUGAUGCAACUGUUUCUGAUCAGAGACGACCAGUCGAUCCUGGGCUCCAAGCACUGGAAUAUCUCCACGUUGCUGAUAGAUAUAGUGAACAAGAUCUCGCUCCAGAACUCCAAGAUCCAGCAGAAACUGUCCGACGUCGACAGCAAGGAGAUCCGCGAAGGGUUUGAAAAGCUACUCACACAGCUGGAGCCGGCGUUCUACAACUUUCUGACCUCGAUUUCGCAGAACCCGUCGCGUCAAAGACAGUUUGUCAACAAAGAGCUAAUCAUUUGGGACUCCAUCCAGGUGGAGACAGAAAACUUCGAAACAGGACUCAACUCCAAGCUCAACGACGUGUUCCCGGACUCAGAACUCCCAGCCAUGCCGCUUGCCUCGUUCGUCUACUAUUUGAAGCUGUCCAAGAUGGCCGACCUGCUCUUCAAAUCGAUCGAACUCGACCUGUACAAAGACCCCCGCGAGCUGCAUCUGGGAUACUGGCAGCUUGGGAACCAGCUGGAGCAUCUGAUCCAGCAUAUCCACCGACUCUUGGACCUGAACCGGCUCCGCCAAACACAGAUCAACAACUACUCGAAACGCAUCAAGAAGGCCAAGGGCGACAAGAAGAACAAGCUUAGAGAACAGUACGAGAUCGAUAAGGAGUUUCUGCCCCAGUUUGAGCGGAUGGAACGUUAUUUCGAGUUCCAACUGGUGAAAUACGAAAUCCAUAAAAACCUUACAGAGUCCCGCGUUUGUUUGUUCCGAUUGCUCCAGAGAUUUGGGCUGUUGGGCCUCCCUAAACUGUGCAAGGUGUCUGAAGAGAUCCUUUACAAUCUGCAGUUCAAGUCGUAUCAGACCAUCGGCAUUCCUCAACUGCUUCCAUACUCCGAAUACCAGCACAUCAUGAGACAAAACGUGUGGAUCCAUGGCUCGUUGCAAGGAAGUGGAGCCAACUACGAAAGGGUGCUCAUGAAACAACGAGCAGACAGAGUCAACCUGGACUUGCGGCGAUUCGAGGCAAUGGUUGCAAAACUGCAGUACCCAAAGUUCAUGGCCGAGGCUUUUCUCGACGAAGUCAAGCUGCUGAAAAAGGCCAACAUCGCGGUCCAAUUGGCGUUCAGCCAGGUUCUCAAGGCUGCCACCGAGUCGUCCAAGCCCGAGUUUAAGGUGUCCUUUGAGAAAAUCGGCUACCACCUGUACUAUCCCAACAUAAAAGUGACCACCAAAUAA